ACCCUUAACGGCGAAUGAAGAACUGCUUAUGAAUGAAGAAUAACCUAUAUACGGCCAAGAACACGACUAAAAGGCGCAAAUAACAACGAUUUCCAACAUAUUAAGAGUGGGCAUGUGCAUCAUGGAUGCAUCUCGAGGAGGAGCUCAUGGGGAUGCUGAGAUUGUCACUAUAAGUGAUCCUCAACAGAUUCAAAAUAAGGAUUUUGCUAACAACAACGUUGAUGGAGAUACACAAGUUCAGUUCUUUCAUGGUUUUCUCCGAAGUAUACCAAUAAAUAAGGUGGUAGAAGAGAUGGUAUUGAUUGGGAAAGCAGCAUGUCCAGUAGCCACAACCACUUUUCUUGUGUUUUCAAAGUCUAUGAUCUCCAUGUUAUUCUUAAGCCACAUGGGUAAAAUUGAACUAGCAGGUGGGGCUCUAGCCAUUAGUUUUGCUAAUGUCACAGGCCUCUCAAUCAUGAAGGGUUUAUGCAUGGGCAUGGAUCCAAUUUGCUUUCAAGCCUAUGGUGCCAAAAGGUUUUCAGUACUUAACCAAAUGUAUAUCAAAACCUUCAUUCUUCUCUUAAUUACUUCUGUGCCCAUCACCUUCCUAUGGCUAAACAUGGAGCCCGUAUUCCAUCUGCUCGGUCAAGACCGUGUGAUCACAAAGGUUGCGGAAAUGUACCUAAUAUUAAUGCUCCCUGAGCUCCCAGCCCUAGCCAAUUUGCUACCGCUUCGAUCCUUCUUACGAGCACAAGGGUUGAACUCACCUGCCACCAUGGUUGCAACUUGUUCCACUAUCUUGCAUCUCCCUAUCAACUACUUUUUUAUUAGUUACUUAAAGUUAGGGGUGAAAGGUAUAGCUAUGGCGUCGACUUGUUUCUCGUAUAACAUGAAUAUCGGAUUGUUGAUCUAUCUUUUCAUGUCGAAAAACGCGAUUAAGCCUUGGGCUGCUAAGAAUAGGGCCAGUUUGUUGUCCAUUUUUCAGGGUUGGGGGCCAUUGUUGAGUAUGGCCAUACCUAGUUUGUUUUCAGUUUGUUUGGAGUGGUGGUGGUAUGAGAUCAUUCUUUUUCUUAGUGGGCUACUAGAGAAUCCUCAAUCUUGUGUUGCAGCUACAGGGUUAAUCAUGCAAACCACUGGUGUUAUUUAUGUGAUACCAUUUUCUUUGAGCUUAAGUAUAUCACAACGUGUUGGGAACGAGCUAGGUGCUGGUCAACCUGCUCGUGCUAGAUGGGCAGCAAUCGUCGGGAUCUCAAUUGCCUUCGUAUAUGGGCUCGUAGUAUUUGGAUUAUCCGUUGCUUUGAGGAACGUUUAUGGGAAAUUAUACACUAAUGAGGUCCAAGUCCUUGCAUUGCUUUCCUCAUCUAUGCCAGUGACAGGUCUGGCUGAGGUGGGAAACGCACCACAGACUGCUGCCUGUGGUGCGUUAACAGGGUCAGCCAGACCUAAAGUAGGCGUUAGAAUAAACAUCGCGGCUUUCUACCUUGUAGGGCUUCCAAUGUCGGUUGUUCUGGCCUUUGUUUUGAAUAUAGGUUAUCGAGGACUAUGGCUAGGGUUAGUUGCAUCACAGGCAGCUUGUGCUUCAUUAAUGAUGUAUACAUUGGUGAAAACCAACUGGAGAGAUCAAGCUAAAAGAGCAGAAGAAUUGACUUUGGCUAUGGAUAAAGAUGAUGAAACUGAACUUAAUGAACUUGUGAUUUGAUGGUCAUUUUGCUUCAUGAUUUUUUACCAGCAAAAAGUAUACAAAGCGUAGUCAUUUUAGGCUUCAUUAAUUUGAUCAAGAGUGAAUAUCAUUAUUUUUUAUUUAAAUUAA